GGAGCAAAGAAAGUGACAGCAUCUACAUUGAACAACUUUGUAUGCUAGCUUGCUAACUUUGUAUUGACUCAUGGUGUAUUGAAAGUCUUUACCGGGCUGUCUAUCUGUGGUCACGCGGACUAAAAGGUAACAACAGAGUCUUCGCAAAGGUUACCUUGAGGGUUGCAUUUGUAGCAUAGCAUGCUAUCGUUGUAUUUGUGUUAUUACUAAAAUACAUAUGGCAAUUUGGCUGAGCUCUGAUAUAUGUUAGCAUAGCUAGUACUGUGCCCAGACAGUCAGCUGGUAUAGGAGCUCCUACUGCCAACAAAACUACCGAGAAGGAAAGCAACCAACUAUGUGCUACUCGUCAACCCGUUUCUCUUGCGACCUAUGUACGAACACCGGCUAGUCGGACUAAAACAACAAGACACUGGUCCAGCGCCACCAUCUCGGUCAAGCUGGAGUAUGUUGCUCCACUGUUAAUGUGUCACUCACGGCACGUUUAGAGAUCUCUAAGGACGUUUAAACGUUGUGUAUCUCAGUGGGUGACGACGAUCACAACCAAACCAGGUUUGAACCUCUUGUCUGAUAGGAUGAACUGCCAGGAUGGCGAGCAAGGGGAGCUCUGUGGGUGGACGAGUUCGGUUUGGGCAAACAGCAGAAGUGAACUUAAAGCCAGGGUGCAGAUGUUUGUGGAGGAGAGGAUGCAGACAACUAUGCUCACCGGCGUGCUGAUUGGAGCGGCGGUGGCUGUGUCUCUGAUUGGCCUGGUGAUCCUCUUCCUCUACAGAAGACACAAGCUGGCCCGUGAGCGGCAGCCUGGUGUGCCCCAUUACCGCUUCAGGAAAAGGGACAAAGUGCUCUUCUACGGAAGGAAGAUCAUGCGAAAGGUUCAGACGCUGUCCGCCACGACCCCCGGUGCCACGACCUCCACGUCUAAGCAACCUCAGCGCAUACGCAAAAGGACCAAAGUGCUUAGCAUAGCUCGCAAAAUCCUCCGAAUUCGCAAGGAUCCACCCACUCUACAGCCCAAGGAGCCCCCUCCCUCCCUCCUGGAAGCCGACCUCACAGAGUUUGACGUUCAAAGCUCCAACCUACCGUCAGAGGUCCUCUAUAUGCUGAAGAAUGUCAGAGUGCUGGGUCACUUUGAGAAGCCUCUUUUCCUGGAGCUCUGUCGUCACAUGGUGUUGAUUGAGCUGCAGGAGGGGGAGGAGCUUUGUCGACCGGGAGACGAUGACGACAGCAUCUAUGUUGUCCAAGAUGGCCGCCUGGAGCUCCUCAUUCAUGAGAACGAUGGCACAGAGCCCGUGGUGAAGGAGGUUCUUCCUGGUGACAGUGUGCACAGUCUGCUGAGCAUCCUGGACAUCAUCACGGGUUACCCUGCUCCCUUUAAGACGGUGUUGGUAAGAGCCGCCUCCCGCUCCACCGUACUGCGUCUGCCUGCGUCGGCCUUUCAGUCUGUGUUCGACAAGUACCCCGAGACGCUUGUCCGCGUCAUUCAGAUCAUUAUGGUUCGCCUUCAGAGGGUCACCUUCCUGGCACUGCAUAACUACCUGGGCCUCACCACUGAACUCUUCAAUCCGGAGCGGCAGGCCGUGCUCCUCUCCAACCUGAGCAGGCUGACGGGGGGCGAGGCCAGCCCGAGCAAGAUCUCCCGCCGCCCCGACCCCCACACCCCCGGCUCCACAGAGGCCCUCCCUGAAGCAGAUGGCGGACAGGAUACUAAUCCACACAGGAAGAGGCGCUCCAUCACCUUCCCGUUUGACAGCACAGCGUCUUCCGGUCACGACGCGGGCUUGGACUCUGACGGGUCCAAAGGCGCCAGCGAUGAACCGUCAUCCACCUCAUAUAAAUCCCGCAGCACUCCCAAGAAGAGCGGGCCCACGGACGGACCCCUGGCGGACGCGUUCCUCUACUCGGGCAGCAGGGGGCGCUCUGACGACGUCUACAGCAGCAGGGAGGUCUUUGAGGCGGCCAAGAGAGACCUCCUGGGCAUCUUUCAGCUGCAGGACCCCAGUCUGCUGGAGAACCGGGUCACCCUCCACCACGUAGAGGCCGGGUCUGUGGUGGCUCAUCAGGGGGACCAGGAGGUGAGCAUCCAGUUUGUGAUCUCGGGCUCCCUGCACGUGUUCCAGCGGAUGGUGGACCGCGAGGAGGAGUCGUGUCUGUUCGUCACCUUCCCCGGGGAGCUGGUGGGCCAGCUGGCCGUGCUGACAGGGGAGCCCCUCAUCUUCACCGUGCGCGCCCAGCGGGACUGUCGCUUCCUCGCCAUCUCAAAGAGCCACUUCUAUGAGAUCAUGCGGGUGGAGCCCAAGGUGCUGCUGAACAUCGCCCACACGGUGGUCCGCAGGAUGUCCCCCUUCGUGCGGCAGAUCGACUUCGCCCUGGACUGGGUGGCGGUGGAGGCCGGCAGGGCGGUCUACAGGCAGGGAGAGAAGUCGGACAGCUCCUACAUCGUGCUGAGCGGACGCCUGCGCUCUGUCAUCCAGAAGGACGACGGCAAGAAGGAGCUGACGGGGGAGUACGGACGGGGAGACCUCAUCGGCGUGGUGGAGGCCCUGACCAAUCAGAACCGAGCCACAACGGUGCACGCGGUGCGGGACUCUGAGCUGGCCAAGCUGCCGCAGGGAGCGCUGAGCUCCAUCAAGAGGAAGUUCCCUCAGGUUGUCACCCGGCUGAUUCACUUACUGGGCCAGAAAAUCCUCCAGCAAGUCAAUGGCCCCCUGACAGCCCGCAGCCUGGACGCGGGUAACCAGGCCUCCAACCUCUGCACCGUGACGGUGCUGCCCGUGUCCGAGGAGGUCCCCCUCACCGCCUUCACCCUGGAGCUGCAGCUCGCCCUCCUGGCCAUCGGUCCCACUCUGCUGCUGAACAGUGAUUGCAUCAAGCAGUGUCUGGGGGCCGCCGCUCUGGACAGCGUCCACGAGUACCGUCUGUCCAGCUGGCUGGGACAGCAGGAAGACAUCCAUCGCAUCGUCCUCUACCAGACGGACAACGGCCUCACGCCCUGGACCCAGCGCUGCAUCCGCCAGGCCGACUGCAUCAUCAUCGUGGGUCUGGGGGAGCAGGACCCCGCCGUGGGGGAGCUGGAGCGCAUGCUGGAGCGCAGCGCCGUGCGGGCUCAGAAGCAGCUGGUCCUGCUGCACCGCGAGGACGGGCCCCCGCCCACCGGCACCGUCCACUGGCUCAACAUGCGCAGCUGGAUCUCCAGGCACCACCACCUCUCCUGCCCCCGCAGGGUCUUCUCCAAGAGGAGCCUGCCCAAGCUGAGGGAGAUGUACCAGAGGGUGUUCCAGAAGCCCGCUGACAGACAUUCAGACUUCUCCCGCCUAGCCCGCGUCCUCACGGGCAACGCCAUUGCCAUCAUCCUGGGGGGAGGAGGGGCCAGGGGCUGUUCCCAGGUGGGGAUAAUGCGUGCAGUCAGCGAGGCGGGCAUCCCGGUGGACCUGAUAGGGGGCACUUCCAUCGGCUCCCUGAUGGGGGCGCUCUAUGCUGAGGACCGGAGCCACAGUCGCAUGCGGAUGAGGGCCAGGGAGUGGGCCAUGGAGAUGACGUCGGUCUUCAAGAAAGUUCUGGAUCUGACGUACCCGAUCACGUCCAUGUUCUCUGGGGCAGCCUUCAACUCGGGCAUCAGCAAGGUGUUCAAGCUAAAGCAGAUCGAGGACCUUUGGAUCCCAUAUUUCAACAUUACCACGGACAUCACAGCCUCUGCCAUGAGAGUGCACACUGACGGUUCUCUGUGGCGCUACGUCCGGGCCAGCAUGUCCCUGUCGGGGUACCUGCCCCCCCUGUGCGACCCUAAAGACGGACACCUGCUGAUGGACGGGGGCUACAUCAACAACCUCCCAGCCGAUGUGGCUCGCUCCAUGGGGGCCAAGGUGGUGAUCGCCAUCGACGUGGGCAGCCAGGAUGAAACCAACCUGACUAAUUAUGGAGACUCGCUCUCUGGAUGGUGGCUGCUAUGGAAACGCCUCAACCCCCUGGCAGAGAAGGUCAAGGUGUUGAACAUGGCAGAGAUCCAGACGCGGCUGGCCUACGUGUGCUGCGUGCGUCAGCUGGAGCUGGUGAAGAACAGCGACUACUGCGAGUACAUCAGGCCUCCCAUCGACCGCUACCGCACACUGGAGUUUGGGAAGUUUGACGAGAUAGCCGAGGUGGGCUACCAGCACGGGAAGACGGUGUUCGACGUGUGGAGCCGCAGCGGGGUGGUGCAGAAGAUGAUGAAGGACAGACACCUGGAGGACUUCCACAACACCCAGAGCAAGAGCAACAUUGUGACGUGUCCUAACGCUUCCUUCACUGACCUGGCAGAGAUCGUGUCCCGCAUAGAGCCUACAAAACCCUCCCUCGUCGACGAGGAGUCAGACUUCCAAACUGACUAUGACGAGGAGGCGAUGGAGAGCCCUCUGUCUGACCCAGAGCAGCAGCACUUCCAGAGCGGGGAGCACACACAGGGGCAGGACGCGGCAGUCACCGGGUGCUGAACUCACUGGGGAGGAAGAGGCGGGCCGCAGCACAGCCCCCCCUGAGGCCUUCGAAAAUCACCUCACCCCUGCCUUGCCUCCUAUCAGAUGAUCAAUGAUCCCUAAACACUCCGGUCCCGGGAAGAGCGGCUCGGCGAGAUUCACAACCGAUCCUACCUAAUAGACAAUCCCACAGCCACGCACAUGUCUGUGUGUGUGUGUGUGUGGUGUGGCACGAUUAGGCCACGUCUUCUGAUCAGGCUCUUUUUGUUUUUAUUUAUUUUACACUCUUUUGCUCGUGGUAGACAUGUGGUAGGAGCUCAAAGAAGCAAUUCCUUUGCAGAAAACCAAAAACCUCUGUUAAUGUAGAAUCAGCGAGGCAUUCCCUUUGUCUGUGCACGUAUUGCAAGCACAACCAGAGCGUAUUUCACUGCUUCGGGAGAAGAGCGAUGAGACGAGGAGAAGUCACCACGUGUUUAGAGCCAAGAUGGCCACUGACUGUGGCCCACAUUCAUUUCAACGCACACAUUUUAGUUUAUUCUGAAGAAUCCUACGAGAUAUGUUGUGCACUUUGUACAUCUCAGUUGAUCUUCUUCACUUCUGUUGAAGCCUACCGAGAAAGACUCCUUUAUUCCGUAUUUUUUUAUUAAAUUUAGUAGCCAUAUGCCCAUAAAUGGACAAUGUUUUGUGUCAUGCAUAACCAAACAUUUGAUCAUGAUUCCAAAUGCAACUAACUAUAUAUAUAUAUAUAUAUAUAUAUAUAUAUAUAUAUAUGCAGUAUAUGUGUAUGAUUUGUAUUUAACCUAAAUUAGUAUUGUAAUUAACAUAAUUGGAUAAUCAUGUAUGACUGGGCUAAUGAAUAACAUGUCUGCUCUUACUUACACACCACUACCACUACUGCCUUCUCAAUGCAAAGUACGUUAAAUGGAUCCCUGAGAAUGACACAUUUUUAUGAUAAGGUCAAUGUUGAAAACUUCAAAUGCCUGCCACCCAGUCAUAUUCUCAGCAAGUCUGGUAGAGUAAUUAUAAGCAAACAGACGAAAGGAAAUGCUAAGGAAUAGACACAAUUAAAGCUUGCUCACAGCUUUAUGUGUGAGCAGGCGUGUCCAAGCCACCACACGUCUCUGUCAUCCAAGGAUGUGGUAAAUCCUGCCAGGCACCAGAAAGAAAAAUGGAAGCACCAAAGUGCCUUAUGGGUAAUGGAGUCUCUUUAUACUGAAAACCCCCCUGCUAGACUUCCAAACACUCAUAGGGGGCUGUUAAAUCCAUACAUUUCAACAUGUAAUGCAUUACCAGAUACAGUGUGGCGACGGCAGCCUGAACUCAGUUACUUAGAGACGACCAGCAUUACUCAACAUUUAGGAAAGGGCCAAUGAACAAGAGUCAGUGAAGAGAACUCUUCUCCCAUUGGUUUGCGAUUUAGUUGACAGUGUUUUUAGGUGUCAAUGCUUAUUUUAUAUGGGCAGUACUCAAACCAGAACAAUGAAUCUAUCCAACUGUACGAAUGAUUAUUUUGAUUGUACGUCGAUUUACAUAUAUGUGUUAAAAAAAGAACAGGAUGAGGUAAAAGAUUCAUUGUGUGGUCAGUGUUUGUUUGAUAUCCCUGUGAACUUGUGAACGCCUUCAACGACAACCACUAGCCACUACUUCCAUUACUGUGCCUUAAGUGGCUUACGUUUCACUCAUGAGUUAAACUUGACUUGACUAAAGUUUACUAAUAUGCCUGUGCGUGUAAACUUUCUAAUAAACCGCCCUUUGUACUCUUGUAGUUUCACGUGAA